AGUAAACGUCACCUCGCGACCGGAGGCGCCAAGCCGCCGGAAAUAGUUGGCAAGAUUCGUCACACACGCCACGCUCGUACGUUCCAACUUGGGAAGCUGUCGAUCAAUUCUCGACGUUGGUAUUCGCGGUUUACCUUUUCCGAUCGAAUAUCGCUCUUAUUCGGAGCUAUUUCGCGUCAAAAUCGCGGAAACCACCACGCAGAGAAUGACAAAGCGCGGUUCCUGUUAUCGCACGACGAGAAGUUAGUCGCGCUGUCGCGCAUUGUCGCCAACUUCGUGCAUUCAUGACGCGCGCAAUUUGAAUAGAAAAUAGCCUGAGAGACAUAAUUACGUACUUGUCAGUUCCCGAUCUAUAUAUGUUACUCGACCAAAACAAAAAUGGUGGUCGACAUGGAACUGCAAGAAGCUAAAGAUGCUGUCCUUCAAUUGAUGAAGGAUAAAGAAAAUAUUGAAUCUAAUCUGCGAGCGCUGAAGGAAAUCUUAGAUUCCAAUCAUGUCGGUAUGGACGAGCCACUGGUGGACUCCGAAGGAUUUCCCAGACAGGAUAUUGAUGUUUAUCAAGUGAGACACGCAAGGCACAAAAUAAUAUGUCUCAGAAAUGAUCAUAAAGCAUUGAUGAAAAAAAUAGAGGAAGGAUUGCACAAAAUUCAUGGUUUAGCAGGGGGAAGUGAAGCACAAGAGCCUGUAUCCAAUGUAUCUGAUAUUCAGGAGACAGAAAUGUUGGAGCCUUUCCUAAGAGUGAAUUUGGUUUCACCUGGUUCACCAGCAGAAAUCGCAGGACUUCACGUCGAAGAUCUGAUAUUGGAAUUUGGAUCCAUUCAUUGCCGAAACUUCAAAUCUUUGACAGACAUUGGAAAGUUAGUGGAAAAUAGCAGAUACAAGAUAAUCAAUCUAAAAAUCAAACGUGGAUCCAAUACCAUAAUUCUAUCAUUAACUCCACGCCCCUGGGUUGGCAAAGGUUUGUUAGGUUGCAAUGUGAUACCUCUAGAAAUAGUUGAGAGAUAAAAUUACAUCUAAACUAAUGUAAACUAUAUGUAAAGCUACACAAACUAUAUUUUUAUGUGUGUAUCUUAUUUAAUAAAUGCAUCUUUGUAAGUUA